GAGCUACCUUCUAGUUUAGCUGCUUAGUUCCACGCUAGCGCUGACAUAACACACAUCCACCUCCGAAUUUCAACUCUUCUCCGGGGAACGGAAUUUAUCUAUAAGAUCGGCGUACGGCAGUCAAACCCGGACAACUUCAUAUGGAUUAGGUACUCAACCUAGAACAUAAUAUUCCGGAAUGCAGAUAAACAGUCGCAUGCUUUCACUAUAAUAAUAAUAAUAAUAACAAUUCAUCGUUCAAAUUCCAAGUAAAACUACCUAAUGGCCGUUAUCGUUAUGAAGUCACAAUAUUCAUGUCUUCGGCACCUUUUCUCCUUCUCUCCCCAGCCCUACCCUCCGAGCUUCUCACUUAUAUCCUAAGCCACCAUAUCCACCCCACUACACUGAUCAUAUGUUCCUCCCGCUCGGACUUUCUCGCAUCUCUCGCCGCCGAUAUCUUUCACGAGCCAGCCUGUCACGAUGAAGUAGCCUCGGCCGAGCAUUCCGUAGGAAGUUCGCCACCACCACCACCUGGCGCGCCGCCGGAGGCUCAUGACGAUACCAAGCAAGAGCAAGGUGGGAGACAGGAACCACCACAUCAUCACCCGCUACUCUCCUCCCCGCUGCACCAGAUCGCCACGUCGCGACACAUCCGCGUCGUGUACGUCCCCACAGUCACGCAUCUCCGCGCGUACCUGUCCGUCUUCUCACCAGACGACUCCAGAGUCCCGGUCCCGCCAGCCGGUUUCAACCCCUCGGGCAAGUACGCGCCGUGUAUAAUCCUAUACGGGUUUCUGGAGAUGCACCGGGACACGAGCGAAUGGAGCGCGCAGGGACUAGGCGAUUCCGCAUCGGCGGUAGUAGAGCUGGGCCAUCGGUUGUCGUGGCAGACGAUCGUCGUCGAGCCCCGGAAGCACGGCGUCGCAUCGCCGUUUGAGGAUCUUCUGAGGGAAAAUGUUCCCUUUUUAAGCGGCGGGGGGCGAAGACUGGGUCCCGACAUGGAGGCGGGUUGGACCGGUCGGACCGUAGAAGUCGGAAGAGUUAUGAAGCGAUGGUUCUGUUUUCAACUUGGGGAGUGGGAUGAUAUCAGCUCCGAUGAGCGAAAGGUAGGCGCAAGUAAAGAGGAGUGAACUCUAGCAAUAAUAUGGUAUUUCUUCAGGUGCCUAACACACAAAAUUACAAUGAUAAUGGGCUUUAUGUGCACUUUUCCGGGCCCGGCCGGUAUAUAACACCUUAACGCCUGCCGUGGUAUCAUUAUCCCUCUCGUGAUCUCGUUACCUAUGC